UAUGGCCUGGCGCAGCCAUGGCUCAACCAAUGACGAGAUGGUUGAUGCUCUGUACCGAAACGGCAUCAUCAAAUCCGAUAGGGUGAAACAAGCCAUGAAAAAUGACCAUCCACAAUCGAUCGGACAUGAAGCAACCAUAUCCGCGCCUCAUAUGCAUGCUCACGCCUGCGAAGCUGUACUUGAAUUCUUACGGCCUGGAGCUCAGGUGUUGGACGUCGGAUCUGGCUCUGGGUAUUUGACUCACGUCCUUGCCGAGCUGGUGAAGCCUGGAGGUACCGUUGUUGGUGUUGAGCACAUCCAGCCGCUAGUAGACCUCGCACAGAAGAAUACUGCAAAGAGUGUUACAGGUCGUGAGCUACUUACUAGCGGUAGUAUCACAUACGUGAAGGGCGACGGAAGGAAGGGAUGGACAGGAAAAGGUGGCGAAGUGGGCUACGAUGUCAUACACGUGGGCGCCGCAGCAGUUGGUUUCCAUCAAGAGCUCAUUGAUCAGCUCAAACGUCCGGGAAGACUUUUCAUACCUGUCGGAGAGCAUGGCGACCAGUACAUCUAUGUUGUCGACAAGAAAGAAGACGGCUCUGUCGAGAAGAAAAGGCUCUACGGAGUCCGAUAUGUACCUCUAACAGACGCACCACCGGAG